AUGGACAGCUUCGAACACGAGCUCGAACAUCCCAAGAAGCGUCGCAGGCGUGAGAUCUUGCCGCGGCCUCACUUGGCUCGUCUGGUAUUCGAUGACACCGUCAAAGGCGACGCAGCCCUUAUCUCGGAGAGUCUCUGGACUAAACUUGCACGUAGAGAAGAUGAGGCACACUCGUCGACCACCAGUUUCCUGGCCCUCACGCCGUGGUCACCGUUAUAUACCGAGGUGCAGGAUUCGGCAUGGACGAUCCUUUCGGCACAGCGACGUGGACCUGAGUCUCCGACCGAAUCUCCUGAACAAUCCGAUGUGAUCAAGCUCUCACCUUCUUCCUCCGCUUGUCAAUCCAUUCUAAAGACCUAUGCCGCCGUCGACCGAGACCGUCAUCCAGGUCAUGUCCCCAAGUCGAUUGAGAUACGCGCCAUCUCCACCAAGGCUCUAAUCCUGGAGACCAUCUACGUAUCUGUUGAGAAAGGCCUUCUUGAAAAGGUUGAUGACAUCCAGAACAGGUUCGGUGGUGGUUUUCAAUAUGGGAAAAACUCGAAGGCAGACAGAAAGCCAUUGGCACCAAAUGGCAUUCUGCAGAACAUCCCUCCACUCAUGUCUCGCCUGAGCUCUCUUGUUCGCGAAGCACUUGCCCACUUGCCCGUUAUCCACUCGGGGGAUGUAUUUCCCUUACCGCUCCCUGCCCAUCCCAUUACACACGUUCGGCCACCUCCGGCUAUUGUGGUUGAUUGCGAGCCAGUCUCUCAGGGCCAGAUAUCUGCCCAAACCAAGAUCGUUCUCAUUCAGACCGGCUCAUCGCAGGAGAAGGCUCUCAACCAGCUGACUCCGGUGCAACCCAUCAUCGAAGAGUCACUCGAGGAUACUGCGGAAGACACCUCUACUGACCAAUUUUUCUCUGCCGCCGAGGACGGGCAAACGGAGACCGGAUCUGAUGGAGACGACAUGUCUGAGGAAUCUAGCAGUGAUGACUCGACCCAUGAAGAAAGCGACGAAGAUUCUGACUCUAUGGAUGAUAUGAUCUCAUUGAGUGCUCCCGGGCUGCCGCCACAACAAGCCGGGACGCUGUCGGCCAUGACCUCGGCCACACCUCGGCCGGGAGGAAAGAAAGCAACGGGAAUGCAAACUCCAGGAUCAAUCUACUCAAGUUUCACUUCAACAACCGCCAGGGCUGGCAGUCAACCUGGAAAGGUCUUCAGGACCGAGGCUCUGCUUCGCCAAGUCCCUAUCGAACUGAUGCAUCCCAAACCCAGUCUUGAAGAUGACGAAGAGUCUUUCGUCUUUAUCGACACCAGCACUCUUGCCAAGAUUGGAUGUUUCUCUGGCGACUGGGUCCGAAUCGAGAUCGCAAGGAAUGUGAGCUCACAGGGAUUUCCUCCUUCGACCAUGAGAGGUCUCCGCGGAUUUGGUGAAGACGAGGAAUCUGACUGGCGGACGGUCCGAGUUUUUGGCCUGUCAGGAUUUUCAAAUCAACACCGACGAUACGCGGUCGACAAGACCGGCGACCGAAGAUCGAGUUUGACGCAGAGAGAUCUGCUCUUGCCAUUCGCGCCAGCUAUUUACCUCUCCCCCGUAUUGCUGUCGAAUUUGGCAAAUGCGCCAUAUGUCAAAGUCGGAGCAUUACCAGCGAUGCCACGUCAUGAUGCAAAGUCGAUCCCAAUCCCACGGUCCAGUACGUUCAAAUCGCCCCCGUUCGCCAAAGAGGUGGUGUUCUCUAAGAUCUCCGACCCUACAACAACCAAUCCAUCUCUGCAGUCCGCUUUGUUCUCAUGCCUCCAAUAUCACCUCCAGAUCAAAAAGCGGACCUUGAAGAAAGGCGACCUCGUUGCGGUGCCGGUGGAUCAGGAACUCGGAAAGGCGAUGUCGUCCCAAGGAGGAACCGACGACAAUCCAGGAGACGAUGAAACCAUUAAAAAGCUCAAUAUCCCUGGGACUUCGAGCUCUUCCCGGUAUGCAAUCGCAUGGUUCUCGGUCCAGCAGAUUGAAAUUGAGCAACCCGAAAAUGAGAUCGAUCAAGAUUUGAACCGCUGGGGAGGUGUGGUCACUCUCGACACCUCCCUGGCGAGGGUCUCGCAGAGCGGUAGCAGCAUUCAUUCCGUAUCCCAUACGACUGACAUUUGGAGCCGGUACUGGUUUGGCAUACGCCCACUCUCCCAUCCCCCAAUGCACCGGGCCGAGCAUAUUGCUACAGCAGCAGAUAUCCCUCCUUUAGAAAAACUACCACUGGAAAAACGUCUCUCCGGCUUGAUCUCCGCCGCCGUUAGCAAUCGGGCAAUCAAUCUUGGACUUCCUCCCCUCAUUGUCCUUAUUUACUCCAAUCAGCGACAAAUCGGCAAGUCGUACAUUGCCAAUUCUGCUUGCGCGGCGGCUGGUGUUCAUACCUUCGCCAUAUCUACUCACGAUCUCCUAUCCGAAAAUGCCUCAACAACGGGUGGUGGCGAUGUAAAGACCGAGGCCUUGUUGAAAACGCGCGCUGAGCGGGCGCUUUCAGGAGGUGCUCAACAGACCGCGCUGCUCAUUCAACAUAUUGAUGCGUUGACAGCGGACAGGAUGGUUCCUGUGUUGCAGGAGAUAAUCUCCUGGUCUCGUGUGCUAAUUGCAACCACCUCGAAGAUUGAUGAUAUCCCCGCCGGGAUCCGAAGUCUCUUCUCUCACGAAUUCGAAGUGACGGCACCGGACGAGAAGGCUCGUGAACUCAUCUUGCGGAAUGCCUGUUUUGCGACGUCAACACCACUCUCGUCGGGCAUCAAUCUCAAGUCGAUCGCGCUUCAGACGGCCGCAUUGGUAGCGGGCGACCUUCUUGAUGUUGUCAAUCGGGCUGCUCUUGCGCGAUACGCACGGCUUCUGUCCCUGGCAGAAUCUCAAUCCUGCAGCAUGUCUGAUAUCUACAUCUCUGGAGGGCAAGCGGCCACGCACCUUCUUCCCAGUGACUUUGGCCGGGCCAUUUCUGCCGCCCGAUCCACAUUCUCCGACGCGAUUGGGGCACCGAAGAUUCCCACGGUCACAUGGCAAGACGUCGGUGGACUUUCGUCGCAAAAAGAUGUGAUCAUGGAAACGAUUUCCUUACCUCUAACUCACCCUGAGCUUUUUGCCAACGGCAUUCGAAAACGUUCUGGCAUUCUAUUCUAUGGACCUCCUGGAACCGGGAAAACACUUCUUGCCAAAGCCAUCGCGACAGAAUUCAGCCUCAAUUUCUUCAGUGUCAAAGGUCCGGAAUUGUUGAACAUGUAUAUUGGAGAGUCUGAAGCGAAUGUCCGCCGAGUCUUUCAACGCGCUCGAGAUGCCCGUCCGUGCGUCGUUUUCUUCGAUGAACUCGAUUCGGUAGCCCCGAAGCGGGGAAAUCAAGGCGACAGCGGAGGGGUCAUGGACCGAAUUGUCUCGCAGCUCCUUGCGGAAUUAGACGGCAUGUCGAGUGGAAGUGGAAACGGCGAUGAAUCGGAUGGCUCGUCCUCGGCGAAUGCUGGCGGGGUCUUUGUCAUUGGUGCAACAAACAGGCCGGAUCUCCUGGACCCAGCUCUUCUCCGGCCAGGAAGAUUUGAUAAGAUGCUCUACCUGGGAGUUGCAGAUACUCACGACCAGCAAGUGACAAUUCUCAAGGCGCUGACCCGGAACUUCACCCUCGCCCCGGACGUGGAUCUUGGGCGGGUAGCCAGUCGGUUGCCGUUCACCUACACGGGCGCAGAUUUAUACGCCCUCUGCAGCGACGCCAUGCUGAAAGCGAUCACACGGAAAACUCGAUCCGUCGACGAAAAGGUACAACAAAUGGGCAAAGCACGAGGCGAAGACAUCAGCACGGGCUACUUUUUCGAUCACCUGGCCACGGAGGAAGACGUGCAGGUCGUUGUAAGCGAUGCGGACUUCGAUGCCGCACAGAAUGAGUUAGUGGGCAGUGUCAGCAAGAAGGAACUGGAGCAUUUUGAGAGAAUACGGAAACUGUUUGAGGAGCAAGAUAUCACUGCUGACUCCAAGGACAAGGACACUAACGGCGUUGGUGCAGGGAGGAAGGAGGCUGAAGAAGCGAAAUUGCCUCUUCGACCGGCUCCACCAACGACUGUACCAGUUCCUGCCACAGAGAACCCAAAACAGGUGUCACCUCCGUCUCAGCCUCCUUCGCAUUCUCUGCAGAUCAAGGGCAAGGGUAAACAAAAAGCAAGCACGGCUAACACCAAUGCCAACCACCUUGCGUUUCCAGUCACGCAUGCCUCCAAGCAGACCCCACGAAUCGGGAAUCCGGAUUCAGGCGUCUCGUCGGACGCAGACGAUGAUUAUGGCGUCAGGACGGCGCAUUUGAACGGCACUACGGUCAAUGGCACCAACACAGACCAAGGAAAGGGGAAAGGAAAGGCCAAAGAGAGAUCCCCACCACUAGUUGAUGGAUUUGUGGAUGAUGUCGAAGGUGACGACGAAGGAUUAUAUGAUGAUUGA